ACAACCAACACCUUCAUACACUCACACUCACAUCCACACUCACACUCAUACAACUCCCUCCCCUCCCUCUCGCGAUAGUAGAGAGCUCCUCCUAUCGCUCCACCUCUCCCACCAACCACCCUCCUUCUCUUCACCAUGUCUGGUCCUGAAGUUUUCCACCUCUUCCACGACCCCAUCGCCGACCAUUCCUUCUCCGCCGACCGACAAACCCUCGCAGUUGCCCGAGACAACAACGUCGAACUGUAUCAAAAGUCCGGCUCGAAAUAUGUACUUGGAGAUGAACUCAAGGGUCAUGAUAAGACCGUUACGGGUGUUGAUAUCGCUCCUAAUAGUGGGUUGAUCGUCACUUGUUCUCAAGAUCGAAACGCCUAUGUCUGGGAACCGUCUCCAACUGGAUGGAAACCAACCCUCGUUCUCCUCCGCAUCAACCGCGCCGCCACGUUCGUUCGCUGGUCGCCAUCGGAGAAGAAAUUUGCCGUUGGAUCGGGAGCACGGUUGAUUGCAGUGUGUUACUUCGAGGAAGAGAAUGACUGGUGGGUGUCGAAACACUUGAAGAAGCCGAUCCGCAGCACCAUCACGACCGUGGCAUGGCAUCCCAACUCGGUUCUGCUGGCCGCGGGCUCGACCGAUUCCCACGCCCGGGUAUUCUCUGGAUUUGUCAAGGGGAUUGAUGAGCGACCUGAGGCCAGUGUUUGGGGAGAACGUCUGCCGUUCAACACCGUGUGUGGCGAGUACUUGAAUGAAUCGGCUGGUUGGGUCCAUGCUGUUUCGUUCUCGCCUUCCGGUGAUGCGCUGGCUUUUGCUGCUCAUGAUAGUAGUAUUACGGUCGUCUAUCCCAGUGGUCCCGACCAGCCUCCCCGUGCCAUUGUCAAUAUCUCGACCCAGACUUUGCCGUUUACCAGUUUGAUUUGGAACGGAGAGUCUGAGAUCCUCGCUGCUGGAUAUGAUUGUGAGGCGUUCCGCUUCCGUGGUGGUGAACAGGGUUGGCAGCUUGCUGGUCCUGUCGAGACUAAGAGAGCCGGUGGCGCUGCUAGAGAGGAGUCAGCACUCAAUAUGUUCAGACAGAUGGAUCUCAAGGGCAAGACGAAGGAUGAUACAAAGUUGAGCACUACUCAUCAAAACACCAUCAACACUAUCCGUGUCUUUGAGGGUUCUGCAUCUGGCGUCAGGAAAUUCAGUACUAGCGGUGUCGAUGGCAGAGUCGUCAUUUGGACUGUUUAGAUUAUAGUGUCUGAGCCUCAUGCUGAAAAAAUCAUUCCAAGACCUG